AUGUCUGGAGACUUUCAGCAAGUCGCUAUCUUUGCUCGUGCUGGUUCAGUGAACUGGGUCACCUUUUUGGAGGCCAUCCUCCAGGUCCUGGCAGAUCAUCAGGUUCUCUAUAGAUCCAUGAUUUCAUUCUCCAUGUUGCUGCCAAUACAGAACAAGAGUAUGCUGAAUUUCACCAGACGGAUGAGAGAAGCCUGGUACAAGCUGCCAAUAACUUACCGCCAAGGUGUAAUGAAUAGGGAGCUCGUGAUCAACAUCCUUUGUCAGUACACUCCGAGUAUGAGUAUCUGGAUAAUGAUGAAGGACAAGAGCGGUAACUGGUCGACCACAGAGAUGAUUGAGCAAGCUGUCACACGCAGCCAGAUAAUGGCUCGCAGCGCUAUUGAAGAUCAUAUCUACAUGAAGCCGUUUGUGACAGUACAACUACAGGGACAGUCAUCUCCUUUCUAUAACAUGAAUAUCUCUCAAGCUACACCCACGAAGCCAGGAAUGCUCAAGAUUGAGCCUGCUGACGCUCGAAUCACCGACAUCCCCAAGCAGAUCAUCGCAGAUCCUCGCCUAAAGGAUAACCAGAUGAACUCAACCAGAGAGGAUUCUGGAUAUCCGGCUUCAGAGCAUGACAAGUGCAACAACUGCGGCAAACUAGGACAUUGGGCACGAGACUGCCCUCAAACAAGUACGCAGAUGACGCGCUUUUGGCGCUCCAUGUCACCUCGCACACCGGCCCAAGGCCAGGUUGACAAGGUCACAAUCAGAGGCACGAUGACGAAGGAAGACAAAUCCCCCAUUGACUUCAACAGACUAAAGGGCAAAUUGAGGGACUGGAAGGUACAUUACUCCAACAUCGUGGAGUUGUACCAGCCCGAGGAUAAUGACAGAAGCAAGGCCGAGACCCUGGCGGAUAAAGAUAAAAACGAUCCCCUCUUUAAUGAUUUCAUUCAGAGAAUACUGGAUAAAGAUGAUAAACAAUAG